AUGGAUGAGAUUGCUUUCCGCGGAUUCGACGGCGACCUCAACGUGAAUGUGCUGCAGUUCUGGGUGGCCGCCUUUCAGGUGUGCGUAAACUUCAUGUGCAUGCCCGUCUACUCCCUGAAGAUGCUGGGCCCACAGCAGGUGCCCCUGGAGGAGAUGGCGGGGGUGGCCAUUGGCGGAUCCAAGUGUCUCUUUUGGGCGCAGGAUCAAGUCAUCACGAACUGCGGUCUUCCAGAUGAGAAGCCGUGUGACCACUGCGAGACGGCCUACGGCCCGGCAAAGGGCUCAGUGUUCGGCGCCUGGGAAGGCAGAGCUCUCGGCGCCAUGGACAUUUCUUCCGCUGUCCGGGUGAUCGAGGCUGACUUGGAUGAAAUCUGCAAGCGGUCCACAAAGAUCAAGGAGUACCUCGCCAGCGUCAGCGGUGAAACCCAUAGCGGGCAGAAGCGUGAGGAUCCCGCAGAGACGAAUGACCUUAUGCUCCCGGACUCCCUGAAAGAGUUUUGGAUCGAGCAAAAGACCCAGGCCGCGUUCGUGGGAAGUGCUGAAGAGGCUGCCACGGAACGGAAGGGCAAGUCUUUGGCGCUCUAUGGCAUUUGGGAAGAGCUGAACAGCAGAGCAGAGGAAGCUUCCCUGCACCGGCCGGGCAACCGCUCCAUCUAUGCGAUUCAGAGCAUCGAUAUCGAGGAGAAGAUGGACGUCUCAGCUCAGCUCACCUGGCUCCGACGUGCUCUCGUCGACCCGCACUCCACGCCGCGCUUGGUUUGGUCCUUCUUUGCAUUACUUUGCGUUCUCUUCGAUGCCAUCUCCAUUCCAGUGAUGGUGAGUUGGGAGAUCUCCAGCUCCGACCUGUCUGCGAUCAUGCUGCCAAUGAGUCUCUACUGGACUGUGGAUAUCUGCGGCAGUACGCAGACAGGAUUUUACGAGAACGGCGUGCUUGUCACAUCGUCUCGCCGGGCGCUGAUGCACUACCUGAAAACUUGGUUCCUCUUCGACAUUUGCGUCGUGGGCUUCGAUUGGGUGAUGCUAGUCCUGGAGGGAACUUCCUCUGUGGGCUCCUCCGCGCGGGUGAUCCGUGCCUUCCGCGUGGUCCGCAUUGUGCGCUUGCUGCGCUUGGCCAAGUUGCAGAACUUGGUUCAAGUUGUUGAGGAUGCGCUGGGCUACGGCUACACGCAGGCCAUGCAGCUCUUUUUGGCAGUCCUAAAAGCUUUGCUGGUGAUCCUCUUCAGCGUCCACGUCCUGGGAUGUUUCUGGUACAUGGUGGGGAAGGCAAGCAUUGAGAGCGGCUUGCAGGACAGCUGGCUUUUGCAGUACGAGUUUGAGGGUCAGCAAGCAGGGGUCCAGUACCUCGCUUGCAUCCACUGGAUAUUGGGGCAGUUCACGCCGGCGCCCAUGAAUAUUCAUGCUACCAACACAUCCGAGCGUGGUUACAAUGUCUUCGUGAUUCUUUUCUCCCUCCUCGUCGUGGGGAGCUGCGUCUCGCGCGUCUCUGCAACCAUCCAGCAGGUGAUCAAGUUGAACUCAGAGGUGAGCGACAAAAAGAGGUCUGUCGCAAUGUACCUAAAGAUCAACAAGAUCAGCCUGCACCUUUGCAUCCGGGUCCUUCGCUUUGUGGACCACAGUCUGAAGAAGCAUAAGAAAGCCCCUCUGGACCAGAGUCUUCUCUCCCACACAUUGAUCAAUGAGCUGCACAUGGACCGCCGCGGGCCGAUUCUGCGGAUGCACUCCAUGUACAACUUCAUGGAGACCGUCUCCCAAAAGGCCUUUACGCAGCUCUGCGGGCUCCUGGAACUCACCGUCUUCGAGGACAGGGAGGUGAUCUUCGCGCGCUUCUCCCAGGGCCGUGGCAUGCAUAUAGCAGGGCCCGGGCACUACAAGGAGGAAGUUGCCGACGAGCUUACCGACGUCAUUCAGACAGAGUUCACCUUCUUUGCUGAGAUUGCACUCUACAUCAAUAUGCAGCAUACCUGCACCCUUCAAAGCGUUCAGUUCAAUGAUAUCUUUCUGUUGAAGCCCUCAGCUCUGGCGGCUGCGAUUCAGGAGUACCCGGAGUGCUGCGGCUUUGUGUACCAGUAUGCCCGCAACCUCCAGACCAAGUUGAACGGCGAAGCCAUACCAGCAGACGAAAACCUGUCCGACAGCGUGGCACGGGCUUGCUGCGAGCAAACCGACGUAUUCCAGCUGAAGAACCUGUCCAAUGACAAGCUUGUCCAGCAGUUCCAGUCUCGAAAGCCUUUGCCAUCGCGAGAGGCCAUAAUGGCAUUCAUCGACGAAGUCAUGUCCGGGAGGAUGGUAAAAGGCGACCAGAUCCUAGCGGAGCUUGAGAGGCUUUUCCCAGAACUGGACGCAGAAGGGGGUGCUCUCGCCAAGUUCACCAGUGACGGCGAGCGGCACCGUGCAAUGUCGUGCAUGAUGUGUGUCUUCUGGCUGGCACUGGACCGGCACGAGGAGUUUGUGAGCGCCCAAGCGAAGGACCCAGUGCCACAGGAGAUGUGGCGAAAGCUCCAGGACUUUGUAGCCUGGGUGGGCAUCAAGGACAACUAUAACUGGAUCCACGGCACCUUGGUGUACCUUGCGGUCAAAGGCCUGGGGCGGUCCAAGAACCUCACUCUGCAGCUUCCGCGGCAUGCCCAGCUGCCGGAUGCGGCGGUGACCCGGCUGCUGGAGAAGCACCGCAACGUGGUGCCCUCGGCCCGGGUGCUCGAGAUGGAGACCCUGGACCUGGUGCAGAUCAUCUCCAUGAUGCACGAGAGCUUCGUGUUCGGGCAGUUCAUGCAAGCGGAGAACACGCCCUUGAGCUUGCAGCUGCUCCGGCGAAAGGCGUCGGAGCACAGCGAGUGGACCUACAAGCUCUUCCUCUUCUCGGCGCUGACCAUGCUGGCAGGCAUCGGCGCCAGACCAGGCUGCACUAGCUCGCCCUUCCUGACGAGCAGCACUCUGCAGUCGGUGCUUUUCAGCCUGGAAUCUUUGCAACUGCUACAGCAACGGAGCAGCCAGGAGGUUUACUGGAGCUACCUCUGCCACUGGGGCCGCUCUCUCCGGCUGGCCACAAACACACUGGAAGAUCUUGCCUUCCUGCGAAUGGCAUGCGUUUGCCGCAUACGAGCAGGCAAAGCCUUGGAAUCGGCCUACAGCAGCUGGACCAGCCUGGCCCGAUCCGAAAGGGAAGCGCUGACUGACUUCCUCUUAGCAGAUGGCAUUCACUACCAUGCGGUGCUUUUCAGCUAUCUUCCGGCCUGCUUUGCCAAUGCGCAGAAGAACGGGAAGGUGGGCCUGAGCGCCAUGCUGGUGCUGCUGGUGGAGUUGGUGGAGAUCACCUGGACCCAGCUGGGCAUCAACGUGCUGCCCCACCAGGUGACGGUGAACUUGGCAGACCUAGCGGCCUUCACAGCUGCAGUGCGAUCGCGCAGCGUUUUCUAUUCAUGCCUGGAGAAUGCCAAGAUAGCCCGCUCGGGGAACAACACUUACGUUUUGAAUAUGACCAGCAAGAACUGGUCCCGAACGGAGGAGACGGCGAACCAUGACUUAUCAGUCAGCAGCGCCCUGCGAAAGAUCAUGCGCAGUUCACAGCCUGGCCGCCUCGAGGAGAUUACCCCGUUGCAAGGUACGACGGAGAUUUCCUUGGUGGAGUCCAUGGUGUGCUGA